AUGCCUCGCGCAACCAAGUCCAAAUCUACCGCUACCCCGACCCGCACCUCAUCUCGACUCGCGGCUGCCUCCUCAUCUCAGCCUUACCCAAAGACAAAGCCUCCGAGCAAUUCUAAGGCGAAGUCCGGUGCUAUCGUGGCCCUCCAGUCCUUGCCACCAUCUGACACCCCGAUACCCUCUUCCUCCUCCUCCUCUUUGCCCGAAGUCGAGACUCAAAGCCAACCCACUGGGAGAAAGUCGAGAUCGUCGAAGGCAAAGGAACCCAAGCCCAAGCCCGGCGAUGCGGACUAUGACGGUCGCAAAGACCACAUCUACCCUGACAAGCCCGACGGCAUGGUCCUCAUGGCGCACUUUCGGAACGUCAGCGAGACACCUACCCUCGAGGAUUGCGCGAAGUUGGCCAUACAAGUGGGGAGAAGAGGCCAAGCACGCAAGAUUCACACAUGGUUUGGGAACAGGAAACAGCUAGAGGGGCGGAAGCUCCUCAGGAUGCGACUGAAAGCUCCCAAGUCAACCCCGAGGAGGAAAGCUCAGGCGACGAAGGCUCGUAAGGGGGCGCAGGGUGGGUCGACGAAGGCUCGAGCCCCAGUCAUCCUCAAACGCCAACGGAGCGUCGAGAGCGAGGAUCCACCCCUCCUUGACCCUCCAGUGCUCCCCGAUGGACCUUCAGCUUCGUCUUCUACCUCCAUCUCCACCUCCACCUCCACUCCUCCUUCAACCUCGCCAAUGCUCCCAGAGGCCCCGGGCUCAUUCAGUGACACGAGUAAGGAAGGCUCGUUGACGGGCCAAGGAGGGAGUGACAGUGAGCGCUCCGUGGCGACCAUGGAUGAGGCUGAUCUCGAGGCGGCUACACUUUUGGCAUCUCGGUUUGGCGGGGGUAACGGGGUCUCGACACCCCUAACGGCGUCUGGGGUCAUGCCGGAGGAUCUGAGUGUGAUGGUAUCGUCGCUGGGGAGGUGGGGACGUAAGGUGAUGAUGUGCUAG